UCAGUGGUGAGAGAGAGAAGGCAACUCAACGAGACGCAUUCAUAAGUUAAUUAAACAUUUAGGGACAUGUUCUAAUACGUAAAACAAAGACAAAAACAUAACUAUAAAAAGUUCUGGGAUUCAGCAGGGUCAAGCGAGGCAACACAACGCAACGAGAUUCUCCAAGCUCCGAAUCCCUCGGCGACGCCGUCCACCACCUACUGUCUUGAAGGAGAACAAAUUAAAUCUCCAUCAAUCAUGAAACAGGAUGUUGCACAAGAUAACACCAACUCAUAUCCAAAGAAAUCAAUCCCACCCUACAUGAAGGCUAUCUCUGGCUCACUUGGAGGGAUUAUGGAGGCUUCUUGCCUGCAGCCCAUUGAUGUGAUCAAGACCAGAUUGCAGCUUGAUAGGUCAGGGAAUUACAAGGGAAUACUGCAUUGUGGUGCCACAAUUUCACGAACAGAAGGGGUACGGGCUUUAUGGAAAGGAUUGACACCUUUUGCCACACAUUUGACCUUGAAGUAUUCACUUCGAAUGGGUUCUAAUGCUGUACUUCAAUCAGCAUUUAAGGACCCUGAGACUGGGAAGGUUAGCGGUCAUGGGAGGUUCCUUUCUGGGUUUGGUGCUGGGGUGCUUGAGGCUGUUAUUAUUGUCACUCCAUUUGAGGUGGUGAAGAUAAGACUGCAGCAGCAGAGGGGUCUAAGCCCAGAGCUUUUGAAAUAUAAAGGUCCUGUUAACUGUGCUCGCAUGAUUAUUAGGGAAGAAGGCUUCUGUGGUCUUUGGGCUGGAGUUGCUCCUACUGUGAUGCGUAAUGGGACAAAUCAGUCUGCCAUGUUUACUGCCAAAAAUGCUUUCGAUGUGCUUUUGUGGAAGAAAGAUGAAGGGGAUGGGAGAGUCCUCCAACCAUGGCAAUCUAUGAUUUCUGGAUUCCUUGCAGGCACAGCAGGGCCUAUUUGUACUGGUCCAUUUGAUGUAGUGAAAACAAGGUUGAUGGCUCAGAGCCGAGAAGGUGGUGGUGUACUGAAAUACAAGGGUAUGAUCCAUGCCAUUAGAACAAUAUAUGCAGAAGAAGGACUUCUUGCCUUAUGGAAAGGUCUGUUGCCUCGACUCAUGAGGAUCCCACCUGGACAGGCCAUUAUGUGGGGUGUAGCUGAUCAAAUAAUUGGUUUGUAUGAGAGGAGAUAUCUUCAACUUUCAACAUUGUAACUUUUUUUCUUUGCAUUAUUUUUUGCUUCCAGUAGACAUUAGUUUCAUUACAAGGCUACAAAAAUCAUUAUUUUAGCCUCUAUCUAUACAGUUUUUGUUUUAAUUCCCUCAAAUUUGUUGGGUGGACCAUUAGGGGCCAUACUUGCAUUAGGGGACAUUAUUAGGGUCCGUACAUUCAUGUGGCCUAAACUACUAAAGAAGUAUUCCCAAUAGUUCAAUAAUGUAGAACUACUAGCAAGCUAGUUCAAUAAUGUAGAACUACUAGCAAGCUAGCUCUUUCGCAUGUCACAAGCGAUCUAAAAUAAUGUCAAAGGCUAUUUUCUGGAAAGCAAA